AUGGGUUUCAGAACUCAUCGAUGCAGAUUCUGCUGGCAAGACAAGGAAGCUGAUAUAUCUAUUCAGAAGAUUCAAACAUUUAUUCACUUAGCAGCCUGCAUUAUGCAUUUUAUUUGGAAACAUAGAUGUAGAAUUUUCUUUAAUAAUAUAACACCCAAUCACAACUAUGUCAUUCAUCAAGUAAGAUCCUAUAUUGCAUAUCAUCAUUUAGGCCAUACAUCUGAUAAUCAUCAAAUUUCUCUUAGAAAUAAUAUCAGUUUGACUCUUACUUGGAAACCACCUCCUUUACAAUUUCUGAAGAUUAACAUUGAUGCUUCUUUUAAUUAUAAUUCCUUAUUAGCUGGUAUUGGAAUUAUAACUAGAACCUCUACAGGAGCAUAUGUUAUGGGAAGGGGGACAGUAAGACGAGCCAUAAAUGUUCAACAAGCUGAAGCCUGGGCAUUGUUGGAGUCUAUGCAACUGGCUGCAUCAAAUGGGUGGACUCAUGUUAUUUUUGAAACGGAUAACCUUAGUAACAGUACUGUUCUGCAACAACAAUCUACUCUUUCUCAUUGGCAAAGUAUGCCUCUUCUUAAAAAAUGUAUGAAUAUAUGUAACAUUAAUCCUGUUUGGUCAUGUGUGUUUGUUCAUAAAUCUUGUAAUAAAACUGAAGAUGCUCUUGCUAAAACAUCUAGAAAACUUAACGUAUGUGGGGAAUAG